UUAUAAGCAGGUCUACAUAUCUGUAUAAAAGAGAGAUUACGUAAUAAAAAUUAUUAAAUUGCAGAUAUACAUCCUUGCAACUGAUUUAUUACGCUCUUACGAAAUAAAAAGUCGUACUCAAACACGUGAUUAGAUAAAGUAAAUUUCCUCUGGCGAGAUAGAUAGAUUACUGGCAAGUAAUUAUUACUCCUUUUACAUACGUUCUUUAAUAAAUUACACAUACGGUUCUUAUUUAAAGACAAUAUAUUGAUCAUGACAACUUUGAAUCCUAAUGAACUUACCAUAAUACAAAGAGAGCUACACGUUCCUUCUCUUGAUGAAAUAAAAGAUGUUUUGAAAAAAGGAUUGGUUAAAAAUUUCGCGAAUGUUGAAGUAGAAAUUGUUGAUUGCCCAGAUUUAACCCAAGAACCUUUCACACUUGCUGCACCAGGUUUAGGUGGUAACUCAAUAUUGCUGGAAAUUGGUGGUCCAUCAUUUCUUCUUCCUACUGUGCAAAAAGAUAAAUUAUAUGAUAUUCAACAACUUUUGAAUCACUUACAAUACAAAAAAGAUUCUUUUGUUAUUGGAGCAGGUGCUGGCCCAUGGCCAUAUCUAAAUUCCAAUUGUGAACUUAUAAUGAACUUGAUUGUUUCAUCAUCCAGUGUACAAAAUGGAACUCGUAUUUCAUCUGUCAAUACAGCAAAUGGGAACUGUGUGCUUCAAACAUUACCUGACAAUGAAACAAGACUUGCUUUAUUAGCUAAUUUAUUUGUAACUGAAGGAAAACCAGGAAAAGUUCUAAAAGUGCAUGCUAAGACACGUACUGGAAAUAAUGAUUUUAUUGCAUCUAUGCAAAAAGCAAUUGCUCAACAUUAUCCAAAUAAUCUUGUUGGAUUAGGAGGAACAUUUUUAAUCAAAAAUGGAAAAAUUAAACAACACGUUAUGGCUGAUUUCUCAAAAACUCCAUUAAAUACUGAAACACAACUUAAUAACUGGUUGCACUUUUAUAAUAUGUCAACACCUUUAAUAGCUGUUGGUACAUUCGUCAGUUCUGAAAGUGAUUUAGAUCUUCGUGUUCAACACUUCCACAGUUUUUCCCACCAUGGAGAGGGUGGUCAUUAUCAUAUUGAUACAACACCAGAAACUAUAGAAUAUCUGGGUUAUUUCAACUUGGGUACUACACUUUAUCGUGUAGAUAAACCACUAAGUGGUCUUCAGUUUGGAAAGGAUUAAUUUUCGUUACAUAAUUAUAUAUGCAUUUUAUCCAAAUAAAAGUAGUGCAUAAAUGUUUAUAAUAUUAUAACAAAAACAUGUAAAUAUAUAUUUGAAAGAAAAAAUA